UUUAGAAGAGGUCAGCCAGCGGCAAGUGCGUCGCCGUUCGUUCGUUCCGAGCGCGCGGUCGCGCCUUUGUGUGUGUGUGUGUGCGCGCUUGUGUAGACAGACGGUUGUACGACUUCUGCACCCGCGACGACGUCGCCCGUGCGGGGCACAGUUAUUGGCUAUCGUCUGGUCGCCGUCUGGAGCUCGUCGGCGCAGGACGCGAGUGAUCGUCUGGAAGACCUUGGUGAAUCAUAUUGUGAUUUGCGGUCGUGUAGUUGUGGUUCGACGCAUUUCCGUCUGCUUGCAGCGGUCAUCUGGACGUUCUUUUCCUGCGACGUGCAAUUCGUUGCCCUCUCUUGGAUACAGUGGAACUGUCGGCCUUUAUGGUCCGAAAAGUGUGGAAAUAUUAGGAAGUCGAGUCAGAAGACGUGUGUGCCUUUGUGGAAGUUCGGAACGUCCGUGCGUGUGCGCGUGUGUAGUGGUUGGUUGUCGAGUCACGAUUGAGACAGCUGUGACGCGGAUCGCUCAUUUGUGACGCGUAUGCGUGCUGGACUUCGACGGUCGCUGAACGAAUGACGAAAGACGAAUACGUAAUGCUAGUAGCGAAACGUGUACCUGGUUCCUAUAGAUCUCCGUUCAUCCUGCUCGCCGGAGGUGUUUUGAAAGCUGUCUUCUCAGGGUAUAUGGCGUCCUACUCUUGACUGGAAGCAUGCCAGCGUAUGCCUAUUGCGGAGUGAUCGCUCGCCGCCGUGUCUGAAGUGAUUAAUUCUUCGGCUUCCGGUUCACUGUCAAGCAAACCCGGUUUGCCAGAGGAACUGAGCUCCGAAACCGGGCCACCUUCACUGCAGUUUCACCGUCCGUAUACUUGGUUUAUUCGUUGCGAAAUAGACCUCUACGCUCCGAUACAAGUGCGCGAAUAUUGUCUGUGACAAUAUUGCCGUUCGCUGACGUCGCCGUCGUUUUUCCCUUAUGUAAACCAACGCUGUAUGGAAUGACUAACGUGUUUACAGACUUUGGUUACGCAUCCGCUCGCCCAGCCGACCCGAGAGAAUCUCUCGCCUAGUAUACGCGUCGCAGUUGGAAGGGCGUGGUGAAGUUUGUCGGCGCAUUUUAGCACGUCUUCACAUUCGCAACAGAUUCGACUUUUAACGAGUCACUCGCGUCAUUGGUGACGGCCAACGUCGAAGGUCAAGAAGCUGUACCCCUUUGUCUUUCCUUAGACACGAUGUCAUAGGCGCAAGUGUUCGGCAGGCAACAGUAGUCUGACAUUUUCGGCUUUCCGCGGCUUGGUAUCGAACGGUAUAUAUAUACUGUACAUAUAAUUGUCCCGGCCGCGCGCGCUGUCGUGUUAUCGCGACAUCUUCGCAGUGUUUGGUGGCCUUUCGCGACGAUUGUGGGAAAGGUGGAUGGUAACGGUGCGCGGCCGUAGUUUUGUGUCGAACCUUUCGUCGUGUUGAAGAAAAAACGUCACCCCGAGGUCGAGGGAUAUAUCAACAUCAACGACAAGCCGGGCACCAGCACCGCGAACGAAUAUGAAGACGCUGAAGCAGUGCAUCUCGGCUCCCUCGGAAGAAAGACCACAGAUGGCGGCGAUCAGAAAAAAACUAGUGAUAGUCGGAGACGGCGCCUGCGGAAAGACCUGUCUCCUGAUCGUGUUCAGCAAGGAUCAGUUUCCCGAGGUCUAUGUGCCCACGGUCUUCGAAAACUACGUCGCUGACAUCGAGGUCGACGGAAAACAGGUUGAGCUGGCCUUAUGGGACACAGCGGGGCAGGAGGACUAUGACCGGUUGCGGCCCCUGUCGUACCCGGACACAGACGUCAUCCUCAUGUGCUUUAGCAUCGACUCCCCGGACUCCCUGGAAAACAUCCCAGAAAAGUGGACGCCAGAGGUGCGCCACUUCUGCCCCAAUGUGCCCAUCAUACUUGUGGGGAACAAAAAGGACCUACGCAACGACCCGCACACGCUGCGGGAGCUUGCCAAGAUGAAGCAGAAGCCUGUGGCGCCAGAAGAAGGGCGCACCAUGGCGGAGAAGAUCAACGCCUAUGGCUACCUGGAGUGCUCUGCCAAGACCAAGGACGGUGUGCGCGAGGUGUUCGAGACUGCAACGAGGGCCGCCCUGCAGGUCAAGAGGCCGAAGAAGACAAAAUGCAUUCUGCUCUAGAGUGAAAACCUUUUCCCGUUCCCGGUGAGAAGCCAGAUGGGGGCUGGAGGAGCUUCUCUCGCUGCAGUGUCUGCGCCGCUUUGUUGUGCGUGCCGCCGCCGCCGCCUCUUCCCCGCUCCAUCUGCACUCCGCACUGUGCGUCAGGUGUCUCUGCCUCUUCUGUCCGUUGUCGUCGUCAACAACCCCAAGUCCCAUCUUCUCCUCUCCGUGCGUCGCUGCCAGGCCUCCGCGAGCCAAGCUGCGAGGACAGAGAUGGCCGGGCCCAGCCUGCUUCUGUGUUGGCCGUGCAAAGUUGCACGGCGCGGCUGUGGUUUUCCUUGAAUGUUGUUCGAGCUGCUGGCAUUUCGAGGGCUUCAAAGAAAGUGCCGGUCACGCUUCGUCGCCUUGUGCAAAAUAAGAAGAAACUCUUCGCAAGUUUGUGUCGCAUUGAAGGGCAUUUUGUGGCCAUGGGGGUGGUGCGAGUGCGUUUGGGCUGUUGACAACCUCCCUGUAUUUCUAAUUUUUUUUUUUCGUAAACCUUCCGCAUGCCACAUUUGUCGUGCAAGGAUGAUGCCUAGACAGGAAGGCCUAAGUGCAUGGAGAAGCUGUUUUGAGUACUUGUUUUAACUUUUAGCUUGUUUUAGAGCUUAAUCCAGCAAUUUCAGGCAAGCAGCAGACAAACUUAUGUUCCAAGUCUUGCUUGCCACAUGUUUGGAGGAGAGCGGCUUGUUCUGAAUUUUCGGUGCGAGUUGUCUCUCAUGCUUGGAUUGGGGAGUGCGGUUUGCGGUGGCCAGCUGCCUGCAACUGCACUGGCGUGAGUGAUCAGGCUUUGUACUUCGCGUUUUGCACAAGGUUUCUGACACUGUGUCUAUCGCCGCACCCUUUAACAGACCACUAACCAUGUUCAGUGUUUACCGAGUGUGGUUUAGUUUUGUGUGGCACUAACUAGCACUGUUUGUCAGAGGCCUUUUAGCUGAGCGCCAGGGAUUACAAAGGAAAGUUAGUGCUCGUCAAAAGUAGGCAGCCCCCUAGACCAAGUGCCUGGAAAAACUUUUCUGAACCAUUCCUCCCCCCCUUUUGUUUGUCAGUUCUGGUCAGAUGCCUUGUGAAUAAAUUCCCCGCCCCCCCCUUCCACCAUCGCCUCCCUCUCCUAUGGCUGUCUUUGCUAACACUGAGCAAAACGGAGGUGGAAAGCAGAGGGGACUGCGGAAUGUUGAAGUAGCUCUUGAGCAGUAGUCGUUGCUUUCUUUAUUUAAAAAGUCUGUGCCUGCGACCUAGACUGGAGUUUCUCCUCAAGCUCUGUCUUUGUUAUAAAGUGUAAGCUGUGUUUCCUUGAAUAGCUUUUCUGUUUGAUGUUCAUUUCUUUAUAUUCUGUUUAUAUUUAAGUCUUGCCUCGCCAUCGCGUGCUGGAAAGACUGCUACCCUAGCUUUGUUGUACGAUCAGUGUUGAAGCAUAAAUAGCUUGUUUUAGAGCUUAAAUCCAGCAAUUGUGUGGACUUUGCCGAGAACUAGCGCUAUGCUUUGUCUCUCUCUCUCUUUUUUUCUUUGUUACUUACUGCGAAGCUGGACCUGUAAAGUUACUGCAUGUUAUCAUCUUCCAAAGGAUGUUAACUAAGCAGCAUCGAAGUGAGUCAUGGCUGGCCCUGGAAAAUGCACACGAACUUGCCUGCUCUCCUGCUAGUUUGACCUUUAGUCCAUUCCCUGCUCCCUGUUUCGUUUGCCUGUCUAAUCUCUUAUGGAGCAAGUAUUGUAAACAAGACCAGACGUUUUUUCACAUCUCAGGUGAGCGUUUUUAGAAAAAAAUUGUAAGGUUUUUAUGUAGAAGCCACUUGGAAGCGACUCAGGAAGGAGUUUUGUGUGAACGGAGCACGUAGUCGUAACUGAAUUAACCUCGAAAAAGCGCUAAGUUGUGCCGAGUUUAUAACGUCGACAAGCACCCGAUGUCGAGCAUGCGUCAUGUUUCAUCUAUCCAGCCCCGCAGUGCCGCACCCACCGGUGCAUCUUUGCAAACUUGGUUCAUGCUUGUAUUGAUUGAUUCUGAACAUAGCACUGUUCGUGAUACUGUAUGUGACUCUGAACAUUGUGCUUUGUGCAAAAAAGAGUGCUUGCUUGCAAGUCUUGACAUGAUUGCAGUAGCUUUUCCUUUGGCACUUACUAAGUGUUCCUUCUACAUCUGUUCACAGAGAAAAAAACAAAUUUUUUAGUACCAUGACUCGGAGGUAAACUGAGAUAUAGCAGCAUGCUGAAAGUCUUGCCGAAAUCGAAUCCGUGCAAAAAAUUGCUUAAGUGCAUUGGUUGUUGGUGCACGUCUGUGCGUUAAGCAUUGUCACUGUUGCUGCCAAAGACGCUUGGUCAUUAUGUCUAAAUUGUGCACAUGGUUAUGUAUAUACAAUAUUCUCAUCGUGAUGUAUUUUGUACCGGGAGUGCCACCAGUAAAGAUUUCAUACUAUGCUCUGGUCAUACAAAGAUGUUAGUAGGCAAUGCUACGUAAUGACAGCUGCGUAAACAACGCUUGGUCCACUUGAUUUGCGUGGCGCAAAUGUGGAAUAUUUGAGGACUAAGCGAGAUGUAAAAUCAACCUCUCAAAAUUUCAUUCCAUCAUCCAAAAGUUGGUGCAAGCAGUUGAUGAGCAAGUUUUCAUAGAUGCACCUAGCCGGAACAAGCCGUCUCAAGCCGGAACAACUACUGCUUCAGUGUUCUUUCAGCAUUGUCUUUUGCAGCAUCGCCAAACACUUCCUUCGACUAGUUCUGUGCACGGGCACAAACAAACGGCGGGCACAUUUUUUAAUUGCACUUGCUGAGUGAUUGUUGUCUGUACGGUACUAUAUACAUUCUUUUUAAUCUAUUGCAGAGAAAGAGAGCUUUAUUAUUAUUUUUUUUGUGUCGGUGUUGUUGUGGCUUGUCUCCGUGGAAGAAGCCGAAAGCGGACAUCGCGAUGAAGAGCUUCGGAAAUGUUGCGGAUUUGUACGGCUUUUGUGAGGAAGUGUUGCUGCCGUGAAUUACCACUGUUUUGCUACAUGGCUUCUGUGGUUUUCUUUUUCUCGUUUUGCUCCUCACGAGGUCAUCGCCAUUGCUCGCGAGUUAAUCAUCCUCCAGAGUGUCUUUUAUAAUUUUUUUUUCUAGGCAUUUCUAACCGGAAACGUGGCAAGGUGCGCUGACGCCAUCUUAACUAAGAGAAGACGUCUCAUUCUCUCUUUCCUCUUGUACAUAUUAAAAAAAAAAGAGCUGUGUCUGCGUUUUCUUUUUUUUUUUUGACGUCGCUGUUUUCACCUCCUGUUUCUGUACCAGUGCCGAGCAUUUGUGAUGACGGCGCAUUUUUAUACGGGGAAGCAAGACAGCUUAGUGCAUUGUUCUGUCGGUUAUGUGUAUGGUAGGCCUCCUGUAACUAUUAUUAUUAUUAUUAAAGCAUACUUUUGGUGAAAA